CAUAACCCUCCACACCUUCUCUAACCACAAACAACAUCCAUACACACACUCUCACACACACACAUAUAUAUAGAGAUAUCUCCAAUUUCAUUCAAGAAGCUAGCCCUAACAAGAUGAACAGAAAUAAAGAUUCACCUGCAUCGCAGCGCAAGAAGAGAAGCACGAAGAAGUGUUUGUGUUAUAUUGUUGCCGGUGUCAUACUUCAGACGGCGAUUAUCUUGUUGUUUGUACUCACUGUGAUGCGUAUCCGGAACCCUAAAGUCCGGUUUGGGGAUAUCACGGUCGAAACCCUCUCCGCUAACUCCUCGUCGUCGUCUUCUUCCUUCAGCAUGAAACUUCAUGCACAAGUUACAGUCAAGAACACCAACUUCGGCCAUUUCAAGUUCCAGGACAGCGUUGCCACCAUCUCCUACAGAGGAUCUCCAGUGGGUGAAGUCCUUAUCGGGAAUGCUCGCGCUAAGGCUCGCUCGACAAAGAAGAUCAACGUUACGAUGAAUUUGAGUUCUGCGAAGGUAUCCAUGAAAUCACAGUUGGGUAGUGAUAUGAAUUCUGGGAAGCUGACUCUGACCAGCCAAGCCACGCUGAGUGGGAAGAUACAUCUGUUUAAGAUCAUCAAGAAGAAGAAGUCUGCGCGGAUGAAUUGUACCAUGGAUGUGAAUACAAAGACAAAAGCCAUAGAGAAUUUGAAGUGCAAGUGAUAUAUAUGCCAAGCCUUUAUUAUGCAUUUAUUUUAUUUUAUUUUUAAAGAUGGGUUUGAACUUCUAUUGUUGAAAGUUAUUAAUUUUUCCUUUUUCUUU